GCUCAGUCUCGAUUGUCAGCUUGUCGUGAAUGGUUUUUUAGCACACACGCGGACCGGGACCGGAGCUAAAAGUUCGCGCUUAAGUUAUUUAAUAACAACAACAUCGUUUGCACAUAUCUCAGUAUCGCCGUAUAUACAUAUAUAGCGACAUAGCCCGCCGAUCGACGUGUGUGUGUUGAUAUUCUGUGUUUGCCAGUGUGUGCUUGUCAUUGUUGCCAGGGGUGGGAAGUGGGAAGCGGGAGCUGAUCUGACUGAUUUGUUAUUUUUGCAUAAAUCAAUUUCGAGAGCGCGCGCCAUCAGUUUCCGUGCGCCGAUCUGUUCUAGAUGAUGUCGCAUGCGCGGCCGGAUCGAGUUUGGUGCCUAAGUCUUUCGUCUGCGAAUUGAGAGCGCAAGCAUAUUUCGCACCUCCAUGGCUCUGACCAACUUCUCGCUGCCCUUCGGUGCCCUGGGUCAGCCGUGGGGAGUCACCCUGGCCCCCCUGCACCCGAUCCACCAGCUGGCCAGCAACACCAAUAAUCUGCUCUACUCGCCGGCGGACCACCAGCAGCAGAACCCGGCUGAGGCGCCUGCCGAUCCGGAGUACUUCAAGAACAAUCCCUAUGGGCCUCCGCAGUCGGGGGGUUACCAAUAUCAAAAUACGGCCGGACGCCGCAAGCAGAGUAAUGCCUAUUUGCCGCCGACGGCGCCGAGUGCUGUUCGGAACUCCGUUUACCACAUCCAGCAGGUGCAGCAGCAGCAAACGCAACAGCAACAGCAUCAACAGCAGCAGCAGCAGCAGGAUCAAAACGAGAACAGCGUGUCCUUCCAGAGCUCCAGCUCUAGUUCAAGGUCGAGCAGCACCACGGGCCAAAGUUCCAUCCAGCUGACACAGACUCAUGCGACUCACGGUCGGGGUCCGGCGGAGGGCUCGUACAGCCGAUAUCCCGGACAGCCAGCCCAACCUCAGCAGCAGCAGAAGCAAUUUUUCAAUGCCCAUGGCAGUGCCAGUGCCACCUUUUCUAAGAACAGCGGCAGCUUUAGUAUUACCAGCUUUGGCAGCCGGGCGCAGCAGGCUCCGCCGCAGCAGCAGCAGCCACAGCCCCAGCCGCAACAACCACCGCCUUCGCAGCAGCAGCAGCCACCACCGGCUCCUCCCCCCCAAAGGUCGAGGCAGGCCAAACCGGAGGCUCAGCCUGCCCAGACCUACGGUGUUGCCCCGCCGGAAAAUUACCCGGAACGAGCACCGGGUUUCACAAGGGUUCAGGCGGGACAAGGAUCCAGGACCCAGGUGCACGCCGUGCUCGACUACGACGUGGAGGAGGGCGAAGAGGAUGAGGAGGAGGACGGGGAGGAGGAAGGGCAGUACUUCGAAGGACAAGAGAAAAAUAAAGCGAAUAACAAUCAGAUGCCCACCGUGACGCCCAUCCAGGGACCGAUCUACUUGAAGAAUGGGACUGUUCCAGUGGUGCCGCUCUUCUCCUAUCCGAAACUAAACAAUGGAUCGUUCCUACAGAUUCCGAUCUGGUGGACGGCUUUGUCGGUGGCUCUGGGACUGGAUGUGCGGGGCGAUGUGAUCAAGGGAGUGCCAUGCAUCAAGCGAUAUCAUCAGCUGUUCUGUCCGACGGCCGGCAACAGUUAUCCCAUUGAUAAGAUCGAACGUUUCAUAGACGACAACAAGGCCUUGAUGCGACGGAUGUAUGGAGACUUCGAGAUGAACAUGGAGGGACCUAGUGGAGGAGGUGGAAGACAACAAGGUGCCAAGGUGCGAAAGCGUCGCUUUAUAGACGAGCCGGAUAUAUUUAUUCCCCCUGGAGCAUUUGCUGCCAACGCCGGAGAGGCCGUCGAAGCCGGAGACAGCUAUUUUGGCCAACUCCGGAAAAAACGACAAGCUGCCGCCGGCGGAAAUCGAAACAGGGGCGGAUCUGCCGGAGGAAGUGGCAAUGGGAACACCAGUGCCAACAGGCCACCGGGAAACGGAAAUGCUAAUUCUGGCACUGGAAGACUCGAUGCCUGCGAGUCGAAGAUUGAAAUUGUCACACCCUAUUGGGCAUCGAAUUCGGCUGGAAAGAUCAGGGCCAUUGUAAACACACAACAUUUCGAGCAGGCCAUUCAUCAGGAGGUGUGCAGCAAUACCCAAACGCCGAGAUGCGAGGGCGAGUGUGGAUGCGAACAGAAGUACAAAUGGCAUCGAUUGCUCGCUUACGAUCCCGACAACGAUUGCAAGGGCAUUUUUAUGGAUUGGUUUCUGUUUCCUUCGUGCUGUGUCUGUAGAUGUAAUCCCUAGAUCACCUGACUCUGAGCAAUUAAUAAAUAUACAUUUGAUAAAUGUAAUUGAGACAAGUUAUUGUAGGUAGAAUGCCACUGAAUGUAUUUUAGUUGUUGUUAAGUAGACCUUAUGUAAGGCCCUAAUCGGUAGCUCUAGUUAAGAUCGCUUCUACAUAUAGUUAAGGUUUUAUACGAGCCAUAUGUAUAUUUUUCAGCCUUCCGUCCUUGUUCCCCCCAUCAACAUGCUUUUACUCAACCUUCAUUUUUUUGUUCUACGGUAAUUGUAAUUUUAAUUGUGUAACGAUUCAAGUGAAUAAAGUCUAUGCAAAUAUUAAA